AUGGAGGAGAUUAAAUUUAAAGACAGAGCAGUCUACGUGCUGGAGAGAGAGUUAGGGGUUCAAGCCGGGCAUGCUCAGAGACUGCAGCUCCAAAAGGAGGCUUUAGAUGAACAACUUUCCCAGAUCAAAGAGUCUGAUCGGCAUCUGAGCAGCCCCAAGCGGGAACUUCCUUAUGCAAGUGGUGCAGGAGACGCUUCAGAUCAUUCGGGAAGCCCCGAACAGCAGUUGGAUGAAAAGGAUGCCCGGCGUUUCCAACUUAAAAUCGCUGAGCUGAGUGCCAUCAUCAGGAAGCUGGAGGACCGGAACGCGCUGCUGUCGGAGGAGAGAAAUGAGCUGUUAAAACGUCUUAGAGAAGCUGAAAGUCAGUAUAAGCCCAUUUUGGACAAAAAUAAACGCCUUAGUAGGAAGAAUGAAGAAUUGUCACAUGCCUUACGUCGAAUGGAAAAUAAAUUAAAAUUUGUAACACAAGAAAAUAUAGCAAUGAGGCAAAGAGCUGGAACAAUAAGGAGACCGAGCUCUUUAAAUGACCUUGACCACAGCCAGGAAGAAAGAGAAGUUGAUUUCCUGAGACUGCAAGUUAUUGAACAGCAGAAUAUCAUUGAUGAGCUCUCCAAGACACUGGAAACUGCUGGCUACGUGAAGAGUGUCAUGGAACGUGAUAAGCUCUUAAGGUAUAGGAAGCAAAGGAAAAAAAUGACAAGAAUUCCUAAGAAGCCGGUUGUGGAGACGUUUUUUGGCUACGAUGAAGAAGCUUCCUUGGAGUCUGAUGGUUCCUCUAUCUCAUACCAAACUGACCGGACAGAUCAAACCCCUUGCACUCCUGAGGAUGACUUGGAAGAGGGCAUGGCCAAGGAAGAGACAGAACUGCGGUUUCGGCAGCUGACGAUGGAGUACCAGGCUCUGCAACGAGCAUACGCCCUAUUGCAAGAACAGGUCGGAGGAACAUUGGAUGCAGAACGAGAAGUUAAGGAAGAGACAGAACUGCGGUUUCGGCAGCUGACGAUGGAGUACCAGGCUCUGCAACGAGCAUACGCCCUAUUGCAAGAACAGGUCGGAGGAACAUUGGAUGCAGAACGAGAAGUUAAGGUCUAA